AGGAGGGGAGAGAAGAGGGAGUUUCAGAGCCGCCUUCUCAACAAGACUUGCGCGCCUUUGUCCCUUCGGGCGGUGGAGCAGAAGAAUUGCACCGUGCGGACGUUGCGGAUUUGCUUCUUUUCAAGCCUCACAAACAACAGCGCCUACAAAAGUAAAAUACGUUUAGAAGAUCGUCGUACUUUUCUAUAGACUAGAUUGAAAACCAUCGUCCAUACAUCUUUAGAUUCACGCACACUCCCCUAGAACAAACUGCCUUCUAUUCUACCCCACAAGCCGUCCGCCACGUUGCUGCGGUUCACAUACGGUUUUUAAGAAGGAGUUUCGUCUUUCACAAUCAGCGUUGAUCGUUGCCUUCGUCCUCAUUCUUCUUUUUUGCUGUUGUCUACAUGGACCCGGAGUUCUUUUCCCGCUCCACGCCGCGAACGCCGCACACCGCAAAGUACGCAGCGCUACUGCGAAGGCUGGAGUUGAGCUGUCUGAUGUGCGGUGCAGCAGACAGCGCGGCUGUUGCAUCGCCCGUUCACGCUGCCGUUUCUCAUGCGGUCGGCCCUUCGCCAAAAAGCGCUCCACCUACCCAUUCCCACAAUGGCGACCGACGUCGGCUCACACGACAGCAAGCUCUCCUUUCAACGCCUUCGUCACGUGGACUUUCAAGUGUGCUGUCGGACACCACAGACUCGUCUUGUGAUGCUUCCUCCUACUUCUCUGGUUCUUUUGCUUCGUACGCGCCUCGCUGGUGUGGCAAGGAAACGGCGCAGCGAUGUGGACCUCCCCGCACGGCGAACGCGAAGAGCAGCGUGGCAGGUGCUUCGACAAGUGUCUCCCUCUCUCCCCCUCCUCCUCCUCUUUUCGAAGUGCGUGUUCGCAAGCAUACCCGUCGUCAUGGAAAAGAAGAGGUGGCGCAGCAACGCCUACUGUUCGUGCAGGAGUUCUGCGGGAGUACGACGCCGACGCCGGCCAAGGUACACGACGCUGUUGCAGCACAGGGGCGUCUCUCAGCACACCAGACGCCCUGCUCUCCAUGCGGCGCAGCAUACAGGGUCGCCCACGUUAGCAAGGCGGUCACUCCCACCACCGACGAUUACUUUUCGCACUACCUCGCCCAUUAUCGCAGUCAACAAUCCGUAUCCGCCCCACCAACACAACGGCAAACAGCGGCGAAUGGAGAUACAUCUACCGAACGAGAGGUGAGCUGCGCCACAGCGGCUGAGACGCACGAACCCCCACCCUGUCUUUCCACGCCGGGUUGCUCGCCCAUCCUCGUUGCACGAGAUGUCGAUUUGAUGGGACGUGAAAAGGAUGUGUGCGAUUCGCCGGAUAUUGUGUGUCGCCUUUUCACUUCUGCCGCUUCUGAGGACGAAGAGGCUUUUUGA